AUGUCGCGCUGGGAAGACUUUGUUGACGACCAUCCACGGGUGGCAGAAAUCUUUUCCAUUCGCAAGUAUUUGCCGCCCUUGAACUUUAUCACCAUCCAUUAUGCCUACUUCAUCGUCGUGUGUCUCAUCAGCUCCGUCAUCUUCUGGCGGUCGUCGGAGCCUGCCUUCAGCAUUAGCUACACUGAUAGUCUGUUCCUCGUGGUGUCUGCCAUGACCGAGGCCGGAUUGAACACGGUCAAUCUCAGCACAUUGACAACAUGGCAACAGACGAUGCUCUUUCUCCUCAUCAUGCUGGGAAGCACGAUCUGGGUCUCCAUCUGGACUGUACUGGCGCGCAAACAUGUCUUCGAGAAGCGCUUUGAGAGUAUCGUGCGUGCCGAGCGCAUCCGCAGGCUCAACCGACGGGGCAGCAGCACAUCGCUGAGCCUACCGAAGCUGCGGGAGGCCAUCUCAUUCCGCAAGGCCAAGACCGUCCCUGCGCCCGAUAAGACCCUGCCGGCGACCGGAACUCGAGCAUUGAAGAAUGAGUCCUCGACAUCCGAUCCUGAUUUUGAUAGGUCGCAAGUUGACGAGGAGAUGCCAAAACGUCGGCGCGCGUCGUCCUUGCCGGAUCUAGGUCCUGUGGAGCCGCCCAAGGCUCCACUGGAACCACCCAAGGCCCCGCUGGAGCAACCCAAGACUGUCCCGGAGCCCAGCAGUCCUGGUGGACAUAUUGUCUUUGUCGACACGCCGCAUCCGCAGGAAGGCAGGAAUGCUACGUCGACUGGCGUGUCCGAAGUCAGCGAGAACCGGCCCAAGCGCAGGAAUGGCGCCGCCAAGGUGUCGACGGAUCAAGACGGGGAUCAUUUCACCAUGCAGCAUUUCCUCAGGAACCGGGCUUCUGGUCGCAAAGGCCAGUUUCAUGACCUCAGCAGCGAGGAGCGUGAGCAUCUCGGUGGGUGCGAAUACCGCGCUCUGAAAGUUCUUGCAGUCGUUGUGCCUGUUUACUUCUUCUUGUGGCAAUUCCUAGGAUGCGUCGCGCUCGGCGCAUGGAUGAAUCACAACAUGCCGGACACGGCAAGAGCGAACGGCAUAAACCCAUGGUGGCACGGCAUCUUCAAUGGAGUCUCGGCCUUCAACAACUCGGGCAUGUCGCUCCUCGAUGCGAACAUGAUCCCAUUUCAGAGAGCCUACUACGUCCUCAUCACGAUGGGGUUGAUGAUCCUGGCGGGCAAUACCGCAUACCCUCUCUUCCUCCGCCUUAUUCUAUGGACGGGCGUCAAACUCUUAAAAGCGAUAACCGCGGAGGAUUCCCAUGUUACCCUCAAGACCACGCUCGAGUUUAUUUUGAAAUACCCACGCCGGGUCUAUACAAAUCUAUUCCCGUCUCGCCCCACCUGGUGGCUUUUCUUUAUGCUGGUCUGGUUGAAUGCCGUUGACUGGGUUGCGUUUGAGCUUCUCAAUCUCGGAAAUUCAGCUAUCACGAGUAUUCCUACAGGGCCUCGAAUCCUUGACGGCCUGUUCCAAGCUCUCGCCGUCCGAUCUGGUGGGUUCUACGUCGUACCUAUCUCCCAAGUCUAUAUCGGCCUGCAGAUACUAUACGUGAUCAUGAUGUACAUCUCCGUGUACCCCGUGGUGAUCACAAUCCGCCACUCUAACGUCUACGAGGAGCGCUCUCUCGGUAUCUACAGCGGCGAUGAGUCUUCCGGGUCCGAUUCCGACCCCGAGCUCGCCGCCGGAGGCCCGGACCUCGAGUCCCACCCAACCAACGGUGUCCUGUCACUGGCCUCACCCCUCAUGCGCCGUCUGAGCCGCUCCACCGCGGCUGUCGACAUCGGGAAAGUCUUCCAGCGCACCUUUACGAUGAACGGGGUCGGCGUCCCGCCCUUGGGGCACAGAAAUAACAAGCUAGACAACUUUCUUGCAUCAGGCCGCCUGGACGGCAGCAACAACCCCAAUAGCCGCAUCAGCUUUAUCAGCCAGCAGAUUCACGGGCAGCUGGCCCACGACAUCUGGUGGCUGGUGCUGGCAGUCCUGGUGAUCGCUACCAUAGAGACGUCGCAUUUCCUGGAAGACCCGGUGACAUUUUCGGUAUUUAAUAUCAUCUUCGAGGUCGUGUCUGCUUAUGGCACGGUCGGAAUCUCCCUGGGGAUCCCGACAGACGCGUAUAGCUUCUCCGGAGCAUGGUACACCGGCAGCAAACUUGUAUUGUGCCUUGUGAUGCUGCGUGGCAGGCAUCGCGGGUUGCCGGUCGCGUUGGACCAUGCUGUGAGACUGCCGGGCGAGCACCUACAUCGUGAUGAAGAGGAGGAUCAUCGCAUACGAAGAAGCAUGACGACGAGACGGGCGGAUCUAGAGGAGUAG